CCAGUCGCUCAUCCUGCAACUUCCUGUCGCUCACAUUGCUAACGGAGGCUCCUUAUCUUAGCCUAACAAGCUAGCUCCACAAAAACAAAAAACAGCACGUGUCCUUUAGAUUCAACGUAUAAUGUUACGUUCAGGAAUAAUAUAGCCAUUAAAAUGUAAGCGAAUAGAAAGUACGAGAAUUUCCCGAGUCAGAUCGGUUUCCGUUAUGUGUAACUUACAUGGCAGGUACUGUUAUCAUGCUAGCUCUGAACUCUGGUGAUUUGCUUGAAGCAAGCUAGCAUGAGUUUCCCGGUUUAGCUUUUUGUUAAAAUUAGAUUGUUACCGAAUAAAGCCGGAUUGUGAUUCAACUGCAAAAACGAAAGUUUUUCUUCUUGUAUAUCGAUUUGUGUUGACACCUGUAAGCUAGCGCCGUUCUUAAGCAGCUAAGUUAGCUAGCGCUUUCCUUGCACUGAUUCUACUGGAAAUGGUAGACGCCCUCAUGUGCCCAUGGAGAAGGCGGCUUUCGAGGGGUGGCUGGAAUCAGUAUCCACCUCCUUCCUGGCGCUAAACGACCAACAGCGCAACCAAUCCCUGGACCACCUUAUCUCACUGAGCGGUGCUGCCCAGCUGCGACACCUGUCCAAUGGGCUGGAAGCACUCCUUAAGCGCGAUUUCCUGCGUCUGUUGCCGUUAGAGCUGGCCUUCUACCUUCUUCGCUGGCUAGACCCACAAACCCUGCUCACCUGCUGUCUGGUGUGCAAACAGUGGAAUAAGGUCAUCAAUGGCUGUACAGAAAUUUGGCAGCGUGUGUGUCAAGAUCUUGGCUGGCACAUUGAUGAGUCCAUCCAGGAUGCUGCACACUGGAAGGGGGUUUAUCUGAAGGCCAAACUACGCAUGAAGCAGCUAAGGGAGGAAGAUGCUUUUGAGACGAGCUCACUUAUUGGACACAGUGCUCGUGUAUAUGCUCUCUACUAUCGGGAUGGGCUCCUUUGCACAGGUUCUGAUGACCUGUCGGCCAAACUAUGGGAUGUUCGCACAGGGCAGUGCAUCUACGGUAUCCAGACACACACUUGUGCCACUGUCAAAUUUGAUGAGCAGAAACUAGUAACUGGAUCUUUUGACAACACCAUAGCAUGCUGGGAAUGGAGCACCGGUGCCAAAAUCCAACAGUUCAGAGGACACACAGGUGCAGUAUUCAGUGUAGACUACAAUGAUGAAUUGGACACCCUGGUCAGUGGUUCAGCAGACUUUAGCGUAAAAGUCUGGUCGCUGUCUGCAGGGACCUGUGUCAACACUCUCACAGGACACACUGAGUGGGUCACCAAGGUACACCUUCAGAAAUGCCAAGUGGAGUCCAUGAUGCACAGUCCUGGUGACUACAUACUACUGAGUGCUGAUAAAUAUGAAAUCAAGGUGUGGCCAAUAGGCCGUGAGAUCAACUGUACAUGUUUAAAGACCCUGUCCGUGUCAGAAAACCGCAGUGUCUGCCUACAGCCCCGAUUGCAGUUUGAUGGCCGCUACAUUGUCUGUAGUUCAGACUUGGGGAUCUACCAAUGGGACUUUGCGAGUUUUGAUGUCGUCAGAGUCAUCAAACCACAUCAAGACCCUUCCAGCGUCUCUCUGCUUAGUUUUGGUGAGGUCUUUGCUCUCCUCUUUGACCACAAACACCUCUACGUCAUGGACUUGAGGACAGAGGCCAUCGUGGGUCGCUGGCCCCUGCCGGAAUACCGCAAAUCCAAACGUGGCUCUAGUUUCUUACCAGGCGUCACUUCUUGGCUCAAUGGACUGAAUGGCAAGAACGAUGCGGGCCUAGUGUUUGCCACCAGCAUGCCGGACCAUAGCAUUCAUUUGGUUCUUUGGAGAGAGAAUGGGUAGAAACACAAAGGAGGUACAUCAACAUACCCAGCGUUUUAAAAGCAGCGGGGAAACAACGAAAAAGAAGAAGGGUGCUCUUUAUUUGAGAAACUUUACACAUCAACCACAUUAGAUAAUGCAUGGACCAAAGUGUUUUCCUCCUUUUAGCUUUUAUUGCCGUUUACGUUGAGGUUGACCAACACGCUUCAUUCUCUCUUAGUCAUUUGCAGACUGCACAUUUAACGUUCACACACUUUGCAAUUCAUAGAUUCUGAAGGAGACCGUAGCUUUUAUGAUCCGAACAAUCUGAGAUUUUUGUUCUUCAGGUUUAUGAAAUAGUUUCUUCUGAGGUUCAAGGUUUGGCUACUCGCUAUACAGCAAGCAUGAGCAGUAGAUGAUCACCAAGAUUGACAAUGAAGUUGAAGUUUGAAGUUUUUCAUUUGCAUUUAUUUACAGGUCAGAAAAUCUACUGCAGACACAAAGAAAUGUUGCCUUAAAGCCUUUAUUUUUUCUUUUAAGGAAUAUAUUUUGCAGAUCUCCGAGUCCAUAGGCGCCGGCUUGCACAUCAAUCAUCUGUGGCUGUCGUUUUCCUGAGUCUUAAAAUGGCUCUGAUAAAAUGCUGUGCGAAUGAAUCAAAUGAGUUUUGUUUGAAAGUCAUUUAGAGGUGGCUUCUUGCUGUUACUGACCCUUUUUCAUUGUUCAUUCAGUUAAUUUUUCAUGUGCCUUUUCAGUUUUAGCGCUUAGCCAAUUCCAAUAUGUCAAAAAUGAUGAAAUCUAAUGUUGCAAUCCUCCCUCAAUGAGAUAAGUUUUAUUCAUUUUUACCUAAUGUAAUGGACACUGUAAGUAGUCUUACCACUUUUAGCCAAACUAGAUCACUUAAAAGUGUUUUUUGUGAAUCUCACUGAAUGUUCAUUUUUAAUCCUUAAUUUUAGCGACUGAUUGAUUUUUCGUAAUGCUAACGACAAACCAGCCAUUGUUCUUUUGCACACCAGUGCUAUAGCCGAGUCUGUAGUUCUGUAAAUCCUACUGCAACAUCAAAACAUGUUUCUUAAUCUUCCUAAACCAUAAAACAAGAAUAAUAAGAGUUAUGACCUUAAUACUCAAUUUAUUUCUUUAUUUCAUUGCAGUGGAUAGGUAAUGGGUAAAAGUGUAAUUAACUGAACUAACUCCAGCUUUGGGAAGAUGUUAAAUGUCUGUAUUUACUGGUCAUGUGUUACUUCACCAAAUCUCAAACCUUACUGCAGCAGUCAUUCAUCAUGACCCCACAGGCAGUAAUGCCAUCUAUUCAUGUUAAGCCGAAUUCAGGUCUGUUGUUUGUAUAACAAAAUAAUAUGCUGUCUUUCUAUUAAAUGACAGUAGCUAAUGGUGAAA